UGUGAAGGAAAAAAACCUUUAAGAUGGAACUAGAAACAGUUAAAUCAAGGGAGGCAAGCCAGGAUUCAUCGGAUCUAGAAAGUGACCAAUCAGAAGGCAAUAUGGAGAGGGGACGAUGGGGAGCUAAACUUGACUACAUGUUAUCUAUGGUUGGUUACUGUGUUGGUCUGGGCAAUAUCUGGAGAUUUCCAUAUCUAUGUAUGAGAAACGGAGGAGGAGCCUUCCUUAUUCCAUUCCUGUUCUUCCUUUUGGCCUGUGGCUUACCUCUCUACUUUCUUGAGGUCUCUCUUGGACAAUUUACCGGCAAAGGCUGUUUUCAUGUUUGGGAGGCGUGUCCUCUCUUCAAAGGAAUUGGUGUCGGAAUGUUCGUCGUUCUAUUUGUUAUAACCCUUUACUAUAAUAUCAUAAAUACCUGGACGUUAUACUACAUGGGAAGUUCCUUUUUCAAUCCCCUCCCCUGGUCGAGUUGUGAUAAUGAAUGGAAUACAAGGGAUUGUAUCCGCAACCUGCCAGAAACAACUUACAACAUCACACUGUACAACGCAUCAUUCUCACAGGCAACCUCAAAUUAUUCAAUUGAAAUAGAUGCCUUAAAUGAAACUAGUGGUGCAGGUACAACCAGCGAGGAACAAUUCUGGUUUAAUCGAGUUCUUGAUUUGUCGGAUGGUCUUCACGAGAUCGGGUCCUUGAAUUGGCGACUUCUGCUCUGUUUUAUCGUGGCCUGGAUCGUGGUUUGUCUGUGUUUGAUUAAAGGCGUCAAAUCUCUUGGAAAGGUAGUAUACGUCACGGCUACCCUACCUUACCUCUUGCUGACUGUGAUCCUAAUAAAAGGUUUGACGCUGCCUGGUGCAGUCGAUGGUAUUAUUUUCUACAUUAGACCAGACUUCAAGAAGCUUGCAAAUGUUCAGGUAUGGUUGGAGGCAGGUCUACAGGUGUUUUACUCACUUGGACCAGGAUGGGGACCCCUCAUUACUAUGGCCAGCUACAACAAAUUCCACAAUAAUUGCUACAGGGAUUCCAUAAUCUUAACCCUAGUCAGUGAAGGCACUAGUAUUUUUGGAGGUUUUGCUAUAUUUACCAUUGUUGGAUACAUGGCUCAUGUAGCAGGGAAACCUGUAGAGGAUGUUGUCCAAGCAGGUCCUGGACUUGCUUUUCUUGUCUAUCCGGAAGCUCUUUCACAACUUCCGUUUCCGAAUCUCUGGGGCGUAGUGUUCUUUGUGAUGUUGUUCACCGUUGGAUUAGACAGUCAGUUCGCUCCCCUGGAGACGUGCAUGACCGCGGCUAGUGACGUUUUCCCCCGCCUGAGAAAACACAAGGCGCUCCUUUCAAUAUUAUCCUGUCUAUUCUUCUUUUUCGUUGGAUUGAUUUUGUGUACAGGCGCUGGACUCUACAUUUUCCAAUUACUGGACUGGUAUAUAGCCGCGUUUGCACUUCCACUGUUUGGGGUCCUGGAAUGUGUGAUUUUCGGCUGGAUUUAUGGUGCGGAGAACAUGUCACGUGAUAUAGAAAUCAUGUUAGGCAGGGGUGUACCAGUGUAUAUGAGGAUUCUAUGGUGUAUCGUUACUCCUUUAUUGCUACUGCUUCUACUGAUAUCUUCGCUGUACACGUACCGCCCGCCAAUGGUUGGUACAUACACAUAUCCGGCGUAUGCCCGGGCAGUAGGCUGGAUUUUUGCUGCCCUUCCUCUUGUUCCUCUGCCCUUCUGUGCAAUACGAGUACUGCGGAAGUGCUCAGGGGGAACUUUAUACGAGAAAUUGUGUGCAUCCUUGAGACCUUCAGUAGACUGGCGGCCAGUGUCUACUUCGGAGGCGGAAAAGUAUAAUGUUGACAGCCGGUCUUUACCGGGAGAUCUGGGAUCUACACUUCGUAGAAAUAUUUUAGGCAGAUCAUAAGAGAUUUUAAAGUAU